ACUAGGAGGCUUUUCUAAGUUGGCAGGUUGCCAUGGCAUCUGGACCCACUAUGACGGCCCCCAUUUGUCUGGUGGAAAACAACAAUAUGCACCUGUCAGUGAACCAGACAGCUAUACAGAUUCUUGAAAGGAUUUCUCAACCAGUAGUGGUGGUGGCCAUUAUAGGACUGUAUCGUGCAGGCAAAUCCUACUUGAUGAACCAUCUUGCAGGACAGAACCGAGGUUUCCCUCUGGGUUCUGCCAAGGGCAUCUGGAUGUGGUGUAUGCCUCACCCCUGCAAGCCAAACCACACCCUGGUCCUUCUGGAUACCGAGGGCCUGGGUGAUGUGGAAAAGGGUGACCCUAAGAAUAACUCAUGGAUCUUUGUCCUGACUGUGCUUCUGAGCAGCACCUUUAUCUACAACAGCUUGGGCACCAUCAACCACCAGGCCCUGGAGCAGCUGCAUUAUGUGACAGAGCUCACAAAACUAAUCAGGGCAAAGUCCUCCCCAGAAGAGGAUGGAACAGAAGAUUCCACAGAGUUUGUGAGUUUCUUUCCAGACUUUAUCUGGGCUGUAAGGGAUUUGACCCUGGAGUUGAAGCUAAAUGGUCAUCCUAUCACAGAAGAUGAGUACCUGGAGAAUGCCUUGAAGCUGACUGCAGGACUCUGGUGGUCCUAUAUGGAUACCAUCAAUACUGGUUCAGUGCCUUGUUUGGAGAACGCAGUGACAACUCUAGCCGAGCUUGAGAACUCAGUGGCCGUGCAGAAGGCAGCUGACCACUACAGCGAGCAGAUGGCCCAGCGAGUGAAGCUCCCCACAGGCAAGCUCCAGGAGUUGCUGGAUGUGCAUGCAGACUGUGAGAGGGAAGCCACUGCAGUGUUCAUGGAGCACUCCUUCAAGGAUGACCAGCGGGAGUUCCAGAAAAAGCUGGUGGAACUCAUAAAGGAUAAGAAGGAGCAUUUCUUGCAGCAGAAUGAAGAGGCAUCCAUUGAAUACUGCCAGUCUAGGCUUGAUCAGCUUUCACAGGUCCUAAUGGAAAGUAUUUCAGCAGGAACUUUCUCUGUUCCUGGAGGGCAUGAGCUCUACAGGGAAGCAAAGGAAAGUAUUGAAUGGAACUAUUCACAAGUGCCCAGGAAAGGAGUGAAGGCAAAUGAGGUCCUCCAGAGCUUUCUGCAGUCGCAGGCUUCAAUAGAGGAAUCCAUCUGGCAGGCAGAUAAAGCCCUCACUGACAGGGAGAAGGCCAUAGCAGCGGAGCAGGUCAGCAAGGAGUCAGCUGAAACGGAACAGGAGCUGCUAAGACAGAAACUACUGGAGCAGCAACAGCAGAUGGAGGCACAAGAAAGGACUCUCCAGGAAAACAUAGUCCAACUGAAAGAGAAGAUGGAGAAGGAGAGAGAAAACAUACUAAAAGAACAGAACAUGAUGUUGGAGGAUAAGCUGAAGGUCCAACAUAAUCCGCUCAAUGAAAGAUUUAGCAAGAAAUAUGAAGAGAUGGAUGAAGAGAUAAAGCAGUUGAAAUACAGGGUUGAUGCUACUAAAAAUAAUGAUACUCCCUGGUUUGCACAAGUCUUGGAGGAUUUAGAUGAAAUUGUUUCAAUAUUUUCUUCUCCUGUUAGAACACUUGAUAAUAUGCAUGGUGUGAGCUCACUAUUUAUGAAUUAGCUCUCCUUUUAAAGAAAUUAAAGAAUGUGGUUAUAUACUCUGGCCUAUUUUUGGUGCAUAUGGUUUUCACUUUUAUCCAGAAAAGUUUUAAAUAUAAAAAGUGCCUACAAGAGGAUAGCAAUGCCUGCCCUACAUUAGACAGAAUAAAUGCAUGUACACUUUGAUAUAUAACUUUUAGGAAAUCUA